ACACAACUAGUUAAGCACGAGAGGUAUUGCAUUGCAGCAUCUCCUUCCAAUAUUCAGAGGCUACGUGUGUCGAGUACAUUGCAGUUCUGAACAUUUUAGGUUGCAACUGGAGAAGAUGGUGGCCGCGACAGCCGAGUUCAGGCGAGUGUUCUCCGCGUUCGACCGCGACGCCGACGGCAAGAUCUCGGCGGCGGAGCUGCGGCUCUGCAUGAAGGCCGCGCUCGGCGAGGACAUGUCCGCCGAGGAGGCCGAGGCGCUCGUCUCGUCGGCGGACACCGACGACGACGGGCUGCUCGACGAGGAGGAGUUCACGAAGCUGGCGGUGCAGCUUGAGAUGGGAGACGAGGAGGAGAGGUGCAGGGGACUAAUGGAGGCGUUCCGGAUGUACGAGAUGGAAGGGGAGGGGCGCAUCACUCCGGCGAGCUUGAAACGGAUGCUGAGCAAGCUCGGAUCGCAUCAGGGCAUCGAGGAGUGCCAAACAAUGAUCUGCAGGUUUGACCUCGAUGGAGAUGGAGUCAUCAGCUUUGAGGAGUUCAAGAUCAUGAUGGAUGCAUAGCAGAUCGAUGAUAUGAUGUACCGCUUGUUAAUUAGUUCAAUGUAUGAUCAUUGUAUGAUUAUAUUUCCAUCUGUUCAUUCGUUCAUGAAUUUAGUAUCCCUAGCUUCUCACUAGUAACAUGUUUUUACAGUCA